CUAGUUAUCAUUUUAAUCAAGUCCCAAGAUUUUUAGCGAAAAAUCUUCUAUCAACAAAUUUUAAGUAUACAAAAUGGUAAACACGUAUUGCAGAAUUUUGCUUAACCGUCGCAUAGAGCUGAUGCGGGUCGACACAUCGUUCCCCGUGACCAGAGCCAGCAUCCUGCAGUAGCCACCUCCUUGACCGUGGAGCAGGAAAUGCAAGAGCAGAAGAUUUCCACCUACCAGAGGAACAAGUAUCGUUCGAUGUGGGGGCAGGAAGAGGUCAAUCAUAUGCGCACUGGAGACUAUAGUGUUGGCCAGAGCAACGCCAACGGAGAUCGCAGCUGCGAUGGAACGUGGGUUAACUUCCCUAAGGGUCGUCGCUCGAUUAUCAAUCGUCCAAGCACGGCCAAGCCCUGUAACGAUCAAGCCAAGGCCUUUAUUCGCCCGUGGGCUAACCAAAACGUACGGGGUUCUUACCGGAUCCAAGGUGUACAUUGCGCAGCCGCAGCUGACCACCAGCAGGCUAUUGAAAAGGCCGUGAAUCACUACCAUUUGUACUUGUCGCUGCCAUUGUAGUAUUUUCGAUCAAUCAAGAGGUUUCUUUCGCUCUACGAACAUUUUAGAGUGCACGGAAAAUUUUGUAUCAGCCAGAUUGCUUUAGUGUUAGUGAAUGUUAAGGCAAAGCCAAACUAGGUUCUCUAGAAGAUGUUUUACUACUAAGUCCUACUUUCUAAAUGGCAGGAAAGACAGAGCAUCGGAAUUACGGGGAUGUGUCGACAAUAAAUGGAAGAAAGUUUGUGGUUA